AUGAACGAAGAAAUUAAAAUUUCACAUCAAAUUAAUCCACUUGUUGAAACAAAGAUUGUUGAUAAUGACUUUUUUGCAUUGGUUGCGACAUGGAUUAACAAAAAAGAUCCUGUGAAAGAUCUGUACACUUGGUCUAACACACCAUUUAAAUUCACUCCUUUAUUUCGUAUGAAAGAUGCUACAGAUUUCUACCAUCAAAAUAAUAAUUAUUAUAAUAAAUCAACAGAUAGGUUAUUACCAACAAUGAAAUGUCAUCAUGGACCUUCAUUGAUGAUAAUGAAACUUAAAUCAUCAGGAAAGAUAAUCGGAACCUAUAAUCCUGUCAGUUGGAAACAAAAGUUAGGCAGGUCAGGUUUAUGCGAAUAUGAAAAUACAUCAGAAAGUUUUAUUUUCUCAAUCGAAGAUGCGAUUGGAACUAAUUAUAUAUUAAGUCGGGUUAAAAAUUUUCGUCGAGCAAUUUGUUCAGAAGAAGUAUAUUCUCGCAAUUAUAAUACUGAAGUUCCCAAUGGAGUCUUAUUAAGAUUUGGGGAAGGUUUACAAUUUUAUUAUGAAGAAGAUUAUAGAGGGGAAGAAUCGGUACUUUGUCAUAUUAAGCGAAAUGAUUCUUAUGAACAACCAGCUAUAAUACCUGAAGGAGUUUACACUAUUGAUGAAUGGGAAAUUUUUAGAGUCUCUAAAAGGGAUAGUAAAUUUCAAACUCGAACUUAUUCUCCCGUUAUAUCGAAAUAUACUACAUUUAACUAUAUUUUUACGAAUCCAUCUCGUAAAAUUAAAAUUAGAAAUCCCAUUCGAAAAAUUAGGAAUUCACAUCGUAAAAUUAUUUGUGAUGGUUUUAGACCUCAUCAAAUUAUUGAGGACGAAUUUAUAGCAUUGAUUUCAACAUGGAUUGAAGGAGAAAAUUCCACGGAAGAAUUAGAUGAUCCAUAUGACGAUUUUCUAGAAAUGCCAUUUCAAUUUACACUCCUGUUUAGAAUGAAUGGUCGAUCAAAAUCUCAUGAAAAAUAUUAUAAUCAGUCAACAUAUAAUUUAUUACCAACAAUGAAAUGUCAUCAUGGACCUUCACUAAUGAUAAUGAGGAUUAAAGAUUCUGAAGAAAUAAUUGGUGCUUAUAAUCCUAUAAAUUGGAAAUUAGACUUAUCAGAUAAGAAAACGUAUGCUACUACAACUGAAAGUUUUAUUUUUUCAUCUAAAGAUGAAUAUGGAACGGAAGCUACAUUAAGCCGAGUUAAAACUCCUGAUAAAGCGAUUUCUCAGACGAGUGUAUAUCCCAAUGGUAUUCUGUUGAAAUUUGGAGAAGAUUUGAGUUUUAUCUAUAGACACGGGAAUAUACAUACUGAUGAGCCAGAUUAUGGAUUUGAUGAUGAUAUUAUAUGGCCUCAUGUUAUUUGUCACAUUAAAAGUGAUGGACUUUACGAACAACCAACUAUAUUACCUGAAGGCAGAUAUGAGAUUGAUGCAUGGGAAAUAUAUAGGGUUACAAGAACAGAUAAAUAAAUAAUAUUAUAAUUAGAUUUGAAUGUAAAAUAAAUA